UUCCUCAGUUGAUGCUGGCUUGCGGCCUGGUGAGCUUGGCCCGUGGAGGGUUGAUCGCGUCUCCGCACGGAGCUUUAUCGUCGCAAAGCAUCGUUCUGGGCACUCCAGGUUACGGAGGCUACGCGGCACCAGGUUACGGAGGCUACGCUGCUCCAGGUUACGGAGGCUACGGCAUUGGUCACGGUGCAGUAGUCGCGCACGCCGCCGCCCCUGUGUACCGUGCCCCUAUCGCCUCGUACGCACAUGCUGCCCCUGUAGAAGUUUAUGCGCACCCUCGCUACACCUUCAACUACGGAGUCACUGAUGGCCACACCGGUGACCAGAAGAGCCAAUGGGAAAGCCGCGACGGUGACGUAGUGAAGGGACAGUACUCCCUUGUGGAACCCGAUGGCACCAUCCGCACUGUCAACUAUUCUGCUGACGACCACAAUGGGUUCAACGCCGUUGUGAGCAGGCAAGGUCAUGCUGCGCAUCCGGCUGUUGCCCCCGUAGUCGCCGCGCCUGCUUACGGGCACGGUCAUCUUCUGGGAUAA